AUGUCCGCCACCGCUGCCGCGCAACAAGCCAUUCCGAAGGCCUUCCCCAAGUUUCUCUACCGAUAUGUGGGGAACGAGAGGCUGUUUCGGUGCUUGCAGCCAUACGAGAAGUAUUCCGUGGUGGCCUACCUAAACUCCGCGUACAACGUUGCACCUAUAAUGAAGGCGUCGCUCAGUGUCGUUCCACUUUACGGCAUCUUCGUUGGAAACCCCCCGGCGGAGAAGAUUGACUUCAAUUCCAGUGCCGCCCUCACUGUCACGGGUCUGCUGUGGUUUGUGUAUGUCCUUCUUAUUACCCCGCAGAACACCGGAACCCGCGCACUCUCCGCCUUAAACUUUGGAAUGGCCUGCGUGAAUGGGGUCAACUGCUACCGUUACUUGGCCUACAGGAAGUCCAAGGCACUGGAGAUGUAG